GACGGUAUGGCUGAUAGAUAGUUUCGCGGUCACACUGGUGCGUUGAAAAGAGCGUAUGUGUAUUGUUUGUCUGCUCGAAAAACGGAAAAACGCAGCCUUCUGAUCUUGCGAGUCGCCACUACGAUGCCUGCAGAGUCCGAAGCUCCAGCAAUUUGAUAUUGGCAGCGAGCAUUUUUUCGUUCCAAUCAGGAAUGGACCCAUUACUAGAGUGAACGGCUGCGCCCAGUUACGAUGCCCAUGUCCCUGCAGGCCGCCUCGGUUCCGGCACCGGCUACUGUGCCGGCCACCUUGUCGGUCAGUGCUUCCGGCACCCAGAUGCUGCGCCCCCAGACGCUGGCCGGUCCCGAGCGGGAGCCCAUCGAAUUCAACAUCAACCUGGUAGGGGCUCCGCCCGAGGUGGAACAGCUGGUGGAGCAGAUCAAAAGCGUAGCCGAGCAGUUCCUCUACCAUUGGAAGAGCUUUCCUAUUGUUCUACCCCAGGCUUUGGCCAGCAGUGGUCUAAAUCUGACGGCUAGGAACGCUACCAACAGCGUCAGCAGCCGCAAAACUCGUCCCAUUAAUCUGCGCGACCUCUUUAUAGCGCCUCCCUUUGACGAACUGGACGCCGUUGCAUCGGACGGGAGUGGAGAGCCCCGCCGGCUGACGAGCGCCCAGCUGAAGACACUGCGGGAAACUGGCUUGCAAAAGGAUAAAUAUGGAAAGCCGAAGAAAUUAACUUUGGAACAAUUGGAAACUAUACGUAAAAAUGGCGAGUUUGACGUGCCCAGUAUUCACUUUCCUGGUCAGGUGCACAAGUGGCGACUGUCCCAACUACUUCAGAAAGGAAAGUUGCGGGCCCAGGACUCCUUUUUGAGCGACCUGGCCCUGGCUGCCCGAUUUGUGGUGGUCACGGCCCGAGCAAGGAUAUUUUCGCACUUUUUCUCCGUAGUGCAGGCAAUGCACGGUCUGCUGGGAUCCUUCACCAAGCUGGCGGACAUGUUUAUCGGGGUACCGGCUCUGUUGGCCCACAACCUGGACUACAAGAUCAAGGAGGAGCGCUGCCGAUUUCUCAUAGCCGAGUUGGUUUGUCGGCCCGAGUUCGAAGACUGCCUUGAUGGCCUGUGCUCCUAUGUCCGGAAGAUGUUGCGUCGUGCCACAAUGGAAAAAUUCGAUUUUAACAGCUGCGAGGUCAGCCAGCCCGUGCCGUACCUAUUCCUAACGCCAAAGGGGCAGGAGAUCGACCUGCGCUUGUUCUGCCGCGACAUCAUGCGCAAAGCGCUGCCAAUUCUGAUUGGCAUUCUGGAGAGGGAGACGCGAGGCUGGUUUCUGCACUUCCGCGAGCGUCUGAUUGCCGAGCUGCGGGCCAAGAAGUUGAACGACAAGGAGAUCGAGGAGGAGGUGAACGAGGCUGUUAUGAAGGAGUAUCUGCAGCGCGUUUAUAGCUCUAUCGUCUCCAAUGCCAAAUUGGCGGAGCUGGGCGCUGGAGUGCCUGAACUUCUUGUGCAGCAGGCCCAGUCGGUGGUAAUCAUGUAUAAGGCUGUGGACAAGGUGGAGCAAAAUAUCAAGCGCACGCGUGAGGACCACAAGAAGUGUCUGGCCAACGACCAUUCCGUGCUGUCGCGGGUUGCCCCCUGGUUGCGCUCCAAGCUACGCCACGCCGAGGAGAACCGUCUUCAUAAGAGCGCCUGGUCGGCCCACGAGGAGGCGCUGAAAAUGUGCACCCAGCACAACCUGCAUCAGACGGCCUACUUCCUGUCCCGGGACCUGGCUUUCAUGAAGGAACGGGAGCCAGUGCUGCUUAAGGAGCUGAAGAACGCCAAGACUCCCACCCGAAGCUUUCAGUGGGCGUGCCGCAUCUGGUCGCCGCAGUCGUGGAUCAUCCGUCGCAACUUUCAGGGCCAGUCGGACGUAAUUCCUACUGUAAUCAGCCAGCAUGCCACCAGUAUUGUUACCCCCCGCUCGGAUCCCAGCCAGCCGGUGUUUCUGGUGGAAAAGGAGAUUAUCCGCACAACAAGCACCCGCUGGCCUUUCUGGCGCCUAUUAAACAUGAUCCAGCGGAUUUGGUGCUGGUCGUGGAACAUGAUGUUCCUUCUGGGUAUACUCGUACCCUGGUGCAGUCCUCUGGGAUUGCGCGCUCUCUGCUGCGUGAAGCCUUUUAUGCCCGAUUUGGAGCUAUCGCAGAUCAACGGCACACUGUUCCCAAGGAAGACAAGUAUCACGCAGACGCUGGCCUCACGUCUUAUCGAAUUGUGGCGUCAUAUAUCAAAAUCACGCACUCACUUUGAGACGGAACCGGACACGGGUUUUAUUGGCAAGGGAUUGACACGAAAUCUAAACCGAACUUGGAACUAUUUUGUGAAAGGAUUCCUGGGCACGAUUGUUAUAUUAUUCGCAUUUCCACUUAUCUGCCUGGCCGCCAGUUUGCUGAGCAUUGGUCUGGCUGUGACUGCACCCCUAUGGAUUCCCGUAUUUGUACUACUACUCCACAUCUACAUGAUCCUCAUAUAUGACUUGGACGCGCCUGAUAAUACGAAAAAUCGUUACUGCAUUCUACUGGAAGCCAUAGUGUGGAAUCUUCUGAUUCAGGGUGUGCUGCAGCCGGUGGCGGCAGUUCUAAUGGCCACGGUUAUCUGUCCCCUGGCAGCGGGAGUCGUUUUUAUAGUUGGAGUCGUUCGAUAUUCCCUUCGCCUGGUCUGGGACUCGCUCACCUACCAUUUGUUCAUAAAGAAGUGUGGACGUGUGCCGGCCUCGGAUAGCAUCGCUGUAAAACGAAUCGCCGGACCCGGACUGGCACUGGACUAUUACUUCAUCAUCCGACCAGAGCAGGCUUUGGCCGCUCUAGAGGCUAAGAUGGAACUGGACGAGUUGCAGGCCUACCAGCAUGCCACAGAGCGAGUGGUCCUACAGCCGCAGCAGGACUUCCUCCAGUUUGUCGAGGCUUGCUUCGGACCGUUUUCCGCCCAAAUCAGUAAAACCGGUCCGUACUUAUCGCUGGACCGUGAGGCGCAGGACCUGAUGAGUACGCUGCACGAGAAGCUGGAGAAGCGACGAAGGGAACUGCAGACGGCGCUGACCACUCAGGUCAAAUCGCGUAUCAAGUUGAAUACCAAAGAAUUAAAGAUCGCUAUACAACUGGCCGCCCAUAUUUUAGAGAAGUAUUAUCCGUCACAUGUCAUCGGCAGACUGUCGAUUAGCGAAGAAGAAUUCUGGGAUAAUAAGGGUCUCACGGUUAACGACUGGCCUGGACUGGCUGGUCUUAUAUACACCGACAUAUUUAGUUUAGAUUUUCUAACGCCAUUGACUGAACAUGAUACACAUUUUAAACUAGAACCACAUGCCUCGCUCGAUCUGAUGCGUUAUACCGAGAUGGUGAAGAAUGCAAACGAUGUGAUUGGCUCCAAAGGCCUGGAUCUGCUCGGCAACGUGUACGCGCCGCGGGGCAACGUCCAGGUGCAUCUGCCCUUCCUAGAGGUCACCGCAUUUAACCCACGCUCUCGCAUAACGCUCACUUUCCGCAAGCCCGAGAAGAGGGAUAUGUCAGUGGGACUGACCACACCGAGGGUUCGUGCGCACCGUGCCCAGCAUGUGCCGAAGACACCACAAGACGCCCAGAAGGUCUGGCGACCGUGGAAGCAGAAAUGCGGGGAGAAGAGCGUGACGGAAAAGCUGCUUAUUCCGCUGCCCGUGCCCCAUCCCGUUCACAUUGCUAUUGCCAUUUACAAUCGUGACACCGAGCAGCCCAUCCCCUUAGACUCGGAGCUCGUUUGGGAAAUUCUCAAAUCGAUCGAAGACUGUCAAGGCGGGGAUGCCAUGGCUAUUCAGGCCGUAGCGCGGUACCGAGGAGCGGUCAUUGAAUCAAGCAAUGACUCGCUGGCCAGCAGUAGCAGCAUUGGCAGCACCCGUGACUCCGGGUCAGGAUCUGUGUCGGGCUCUGCCUUGGGCAACGGCACAGAAACAUUACCCUGCGGAAACCGUGAGGUAUGCACGCAGGUCAAGGUGGACGCCGAACCGGCUGCCAGCUCCUCCGGUUUCCAUUGGACUCUCAGUAAUUGGGGCGCUGCGCAAACUGCCCGACGUCGAACUAAUUCGAAUGUGCGCGUGGACUUGGCCAGUCCCGAAGAUAUAUCGCUAGAUACGGAUAGUUCUCGAGCCGUUUUUAAUAACGCCUACGGCACAACUGUCUAACAGGCUUUCAGUGGUUUGGGCACAUAAGUAUAUAUUAACCUAUCAACACAUGUAGAAUUAUUCGUGGCUGCUCGCUUUUAAGAAAAGAAUGCGUAACCCGUUUUAUCGAAUGAAAUCUCGAAUAUGGUCGUAGAUACGCGAUGUUUUGGGAGGGAACCGAUUGUUCAAAAAUAGUUUGAUUCAAUGCAAAAACAUUAAGUCAAGUUUAAAAACUGUCUGUGAGUGGUACAUUUGCGAAUGAAAUACCACACUAAUUGGCAACCAGGGAACAAUCGUAAAUAUUUGAAUCAUUCUUCCCUUCUCAAGGCAGCCGCGCUAGUUAAAGUGUAAUAAGAACAAAUUUAUCCAUCUAACUAUAUUUACAUACGCGUAUAUGAUAUACAUAUAUGAUUCGAUAGCUACACCGCAUAAGUAAGUCGAAGAGCAACAAACUUCAAUCUAGUCGCAAGCAAAUUUUAUGCAGCAAUCCAAUUCGAUUUCUUAUGCAAUUUAUAGGAAUAUACUAAACGCAGCUUCAUGACAGUUUUACAUCAGUGUUUAGUUUAUUCUGAUUUUUGGCCUAAAAGCCGAUUCAAAAAAUACUUAUUGAUUAGGUAUACAAUAUAAGCCAUGAGAUUUUUCUUUGUACCUAACCAACAAUCAAUAUUUAAGUUAAACACAUUUAAGGAAAAACAUUAUAUUAUAAAUAUGCCACGAAUUGUACCAUGAGCAGUUAAACAAAUAUUGUUGAUUAAUAACUAAUUUAUUUAUAUACACUGAAACUUUCAAAAUACUAAUGUUUUAUCUACUCCAGUACUUCUUCUUCCAAAAUACGAAAUGCAAAAUAUUAAUUAAAGUGAGAAAAAAUUAUUGAAUCGCAGCGGUGUUAUAAAAAACAAGAAUCGAAAUCAUGGAUAACAGCACUAAACAAUGGCAGCGUACAGAACUUUUACAAAAAUAAAAUAGGACAAAGUAUAAAACAUUUUUACAUUUAUAUAUGUAUACAUAUUUAGAUCACAUAAUCGUAAAUAAUAACUGUUGAUGCCUUUGUAUCUAACACUUUCCAACCAGCUAAUAAGCUCAAUUCCAAUUCGACUCCAUCCCCAGAGCAAUAUGCCCUCCAAGUAUUUCUCAUACAGAAUUAUUUAAAAAAUAUGUUGAACUGCCACAAACCGAAGUAUUAUGUUCUUUAAUCCGCGCACUGCUCACUAACAAUUCAACUUUUUAUAUCGCUUCAGCAGCUUCCAGUGUUAUGUUUAAGCCGUUCCACUGAUUUUGUAAACUUAUUAUUAUUUCAAUCUCGAAAUGCAAACACCAUCAAUGGAAUGAAUCUUUACAUACAAAUAUACAAACAUUUACAUAAAUAUGUAGUUAUACAAAUUAAACAAAGGAAAAACCGAGAACGGGAAAUCUCAUGAAAAUGCAUUGAACAAUUUUAUGUAAAAUGUUUUCUUAAUAUUAAAGAAAAAUGUAACAAUAAAUUAUGAAUGAAUCUGCGCAAGCUACUUUUUCAGUAGAGUUAAUUGCAGAAAUUACAAAAUCAAAUGUCAAACUUACGAUACUUAUAAAGUAGCUUGCGCAAUUGUAGUUUAAUAUGUAAUAAAAAAUGUUGGCUGAAAAUAA